AUGUCUGGCGUGAAAUUGAAGCUAACAUGCCUAGUCUGGCCUGAUGACAGCCCGGAUGAACACACUGUCGAGGUCAAAAUCAAUAACGACGACACUGUUGCCACUCUCAAGGAAUUGAUCAGAGACAAGCAUGCCCCUCGGCUCGAUAAAGUCGAUGCCCGUGAUCUCGUACUCUGGAAGUGUUCCGGUCUUCCUGAUGAUAACCUGGAACAAAGCUUGAAAACUCUUCAGUUCGAUGGUUCUGACGUUCGCCUUGUUCGCCUACACAUUGCCCGGCGGCAAAUUUCUCAGCUUUUCGAAGGUGAAGACUUAUCCAAAGAACCCCUCCACGUCCUGGUUGAGGCACCCGCGCUUGCCCAGCCAACUUCCAAGGAUCAGACUAGGAGUGAAGAUAAGGAGGAGGAUGAGAAACACGAGGCGCACGACAAAAUCACGGAGCUCAUCGCGAUUACGCACAAAAAGUACAAAAGCAGUCUCGCGAAGAACGUAAAUGCGCCUUCUCCUUCCGCAAGUGCAAAAUCGGGCGGAUAUGUGACUUUCCAAAAAGAUGGCGAUCCGAUCUACGACGGGCGUUAUGUUGCCACUCUCCCAGCCGAGACGCGAGCUCCUCCUAUCCAAAUAUAUCACCCAGAUUUUGCCCACUUUUGGGACGAUUCUACCAACACGAACUUGGAAGUGCCCCCAGAAGUCGUACGGGCUACUGCUCGCUUCAUGGGUAAGGCAUCUGGCAUCUACAAGAACGAAGACAUCCGGAGAUUCGCCAUUCGCUCGAAACUCUUGGAUGUCCUCAACUGCGGUAUGAAAAAAGUCGUCAAUCUUGACUCGACAUCACGCAAUGGAAUAGUGAUCACACAGGCAUUAGUGAUGGUCGAGGCUGCUGCUAUCGGCAUUGAGGAGGACAAGAAUGAAUUUGGUGACGGAGGCUCCAAUCCUUCAACCCAGGCAGGUUUAUCUUAUGGUCGGUUUUGGGCACAAUCGAAUCAUGCGAAAAUCCGAGAGAACAGCUGCUGUCCCUCUUUCCUUAUCGCAAUUGCUGGCGCAUCAAUCGCUAUACUAGGCGCCAUCUGGACAGAUAAAAUCAUCGUUCAACGACUUACCGACUACAUCUGGCUCGGUCAUGAUACUAUUUUCAACGACGAAGCUAUCUAUCGAAAUGCGCGUAUCUUGUACGCUCUCUCCAGAAGUUUGCGGAGGCUUGACACGUUUUACAAAUCCCUCAAGAUUCAGCCUCAGCCUCCUGUUCCAGAGAAACUUGAACCUCGCUAUUUCCCAUCCAUCAAUGCAUACCGUGGACUUGACGACACGAUUAUCAAUUUCACGUUCAUCAUACCUUUGGAAUUGGAUUCUGUCUGUACAACAUUUCUGGCGAAGACUGAAGGCCCCGUCUCCGAGCCCAUUGUUGUCAAGUUCGUACGCCGUUACAACAAAGAGGCUCACCAGCUAUUGGCAGCAAAGGGCAUGGCCCCAAAGCUUCGUUAUUGCGACAAAGUCGGCGUUCGUGAUGGUGAUCCAUCAUAUGGUCAUCUUCGCAUGAUAGUUAUGGACUUUGUUGAUGGUGAAACAGUUGAGAAGGCACAGACCCUUCCUCCGACAUUCCAUCAGCAAAUUCAAGAUAUCUUGACUGUUUUGCACCAGGCUGACUAUGUGUUUGGUGAUCUUCGUGGGCCAAAUGUCAUGAUUACAAAGAACAAUGAAGUCGUUUUCAUUGACUUCGACAUGGUUGGUAAACAUGGAGAGUCCACAUAUCCUAUCAUGAUGUCUCCAUCCAUCCAAUGGGCAGACGGUGUUGCAGAUGGCUUACGUGUGAUGAUGAAGGAGCACGACCUCGAGAUGUUGCAACGGCUCGUCCCAGGAGCAAGCUUCUAA